UAUAUAUAUACACAUAUAUAUAUGUUCCGAGCGCAAUGAUGUCACGUUAUCGAUGGUAAAAUGCAUUUUUAGACAAUAUGUAUUGCCUUAGCGGCUAGGAGUUCACAGAGAAUAACAAGCGGAAGAAAAGUAAUUAAAAGGGACAGAUUUUUUUAAAAGAACGAUAAAAAAAAAAAACUUUUUUUUUUUUAUCUUAUUCUAUUCUUUUAAACUUGGGACUUCCCUGGGCCGGAUUCUGGACGUAGUUUUGGGGCCCCUGGUGUAAAGUAACUAAAUCAUUAAGACCUUAUUUUUUCUACAUAAUACGCAAGUAAAAAAACUGACAAUUAAAAUGAGUCACUUGAGUUUAGUUUUUUCGUGCCCUCAGAUGUCGUUGUGGCUUGUGCAGCCCUUUGAGACACUCGUGAUUUAGGGCUACAGUAUAUAAAUAAACUUUGAUUGAUUGAUUGACUUAUAAAACAGCAAGUAGUUGCAUCUUUUUAUUGUGGGCUAUUUGGAGACACUCUAUACAGCUUUGAAUAUAUACGUAAGAUUACACAUUCAGUGCAGAAUAAAUAAACAAUAAUCGUAUAUUAUUUAAAUAUGAUUCCUUAAGAGCAGUGGCAUUUGAAAUACCCUACCUUUAAAAAAAAACAUAGAUGUUAGGUAUAUUUGCACAGAGUUACACAAGUAUCGGAUCGGUAUCGCCGAUGCCAGCCUGAAAUUUACUUGGUAUCGGAUCAGAAGAAAAAUCAGUGGUAUUGCACUUCACUUGACUGAACCUUGAAGGGCGGACGGUACAAUCGCCAUGUUGUCUGCACUUCAGGUGCCAGUAAAUGUGUGUGCACUUCAGGUGACAGUAAAUGUGUUGGUCUUUUUACGACUUUAAAAAUGUUUUGAUGAAUAUGGAGAAUUUGGCACUUCUGACGUUCAUUGUUAUUUUUUUAAACUUUAUAUUUGCUUCCAAUUAGCAUGCAGAUAUUGUAAAAUGUAAAAAAAAAAAAAAAAAAAAAAAGGAGUCAACAGAUGCUUAACCUUGUCCCGAACUUUAUUUAUCAAUGUAUAUAUUUUUAUACAAUACCACACGCUAUGCUAUUCUCUACAUCACUGGUACAGUUUUUGUUGAAAUUACUACUUAAAAUAGUUACGGAAAUAUUUUGUUUGUGUUGUGAUAUUAACGACUUUCCAAAGGGGCAGUGAACUACACUACGAGUGGAGAGUUUGUGAAGGCGGCGUGGACAGCGGUUUGAGAAAGCACUAAAACAAGGUUACUGGCGGAAUUUUCGUCUACGACAGGAUGUCAGACAGCGAGUCCGUCAAGAAAAUGUUGCGAUCGGUACUUCAGUCCAGCAAGCAGGGUGUGUAUAUCAGCAAACUGCAGUCAGAGUACCGAUCGCUGUGUGGUGAGAAUAUCCCCCUGAAGAAACUGGGCUUUUCCGAAUUGGAAUGCUAUCUCAUGAGCAUUCCAUCUGUUGUGCGGUUGGACUACCAAAUGGGAGAGUUGAGAUGCUUUGCAGCAGUAUGUAAAGAAACGGCACAUAUUGCAGAGCUUGUGGCACGGCAGAAAACUUCCAAGAAAUCGGGAAGGUCCCAAGUCGUUAACUGCAGGAUGAGACGCCAAGCUUCAAACUCUUACAUGCUUAAAGCAUCGCCUAUGUCUUCGCUGCGCCAGCCUUCAGUUGGUAAUACUUUCAGGCCAGCGAACCACUGUCAACCCCACGGUGGCUAUAGAGGCUUCAGCGCCUCAGGAGAUAUCAGGCAAUUGGACAAUAACCAAAGGUGUACCCUACCUGUUGAGCACAGACAACCUUCGUCUCUGCCAAGUGUGAAACAGUGUGUAGUCCCUGACAGGACCAAUAGUCUUGAAAUGCCCCAGAAACCAAAAGAGAAUCCACCUGAACAGGUCCAAAGACUCAACUGUUUGGAGUCAUGCCAGUAUGAUGUGAAACUGGUGCAGAGAAGACUAACGCAACUAUUGGAAAAGUACAACUCUGGGAUGUGGAAGUCCAAACUGCCAACAGUCUUCAGCGACAUGUUCAAUCAGCAACUCCCUCCUCAGGCGCUCACACAUCUAGAAAAGUGGAAACACAUUUGUGUGGUAGAGCAAUCUUACAGCAACACAGGUGACUGCCUGAUUUACCCUCCAUUACCUUCCUCUGAUGCUCCUGGAAGCAUCUCCCGUGACUGCUCCACACGAACCUCUAUUAAGUUGAGCAAAGUACCUAGAUCCACCUCCCUACAGGAUUCCACAUUGGAGAAGUCUGCUGCCCCUCUUCCAAAGCUUCCUUUUCCUAAACCUAACGUUAUUUCCAAAGAGCUAUUAGCCAAGCCAGUACUGCCCACAGCUCCGCAGCCUGCUAAUGGUCAUGUCACUUCUGAGGAAGCCGUUCAGAACAGUUUUGCAGUCGCGUCCAUUAAUAGAAACUUUGUAACAAAUACUGUCAACCUUAGAAAAAAUUCUCACCCUUUAACUUCUACAUGUAACUACUCUUCUAAAACUAACCUCCCGUCCCUAGCUCCCUCUCAUCAACCAACUUUUGAAGCUUUACCGCCACAGAAAUACGCAUUUUCCUCCAGCAUUGAUUCUGGCCCAUGUCUUCCCACUAAGUCCUCCGACGCCAUCAUGCCAGCUGAUGUGUGGGAAAAAGUAAAGGAACUUCUGUCUAAGUACAGCAGUGGACUAUGGGUCCAUGCGUUGCCCAAACUUUACAUGGACACAUACAAGGCCCCACUUCCUGAACAUCUUCUGGAUAAACUAUGUCUUCUGUGCACUGUGGAGUACCCGUUUGCAAAUGACAAGGAAAAAGCCAUUCUGUAUUAUCCCAUCAGAGGAGACAUGAAAGCAACUGAUGUUACAGACAGUAUGAAAGGCAGAAGCCACAUGCAUCCCUCUGGUGUGGAGAUUGUGGGUCCUUUGGUUCCUCCAUGUCUAGUUCAUCCCUCAGCACAGUACCCCUCCGUGCUGGUUACCGAUGCCAAAAGCAGUAAUGCCGUCACCAUACGGUAUGUUGGUGAGGGUUAUUCCUUUGCACAGGAGGCCAUGGAAGAUGCUAUGCUCUCCUUUUAUAAACAAAGCUCGACUCUCCAGCCACUCUCCAACCCCGUCGUGGGUCAGCUAAUUGCCGUUAAGGGGGAUGAUGGCAAUGAACUGGCCAGAGCUCAGGUCACGGAGGUCAUGGCCCUCAACAAGGUCAAGGUUUACUAUGUAGACUAUGGCGUUACUAUGGAGACGACGAGGGAACGUCUUCUGGAUCUUCAUCAGAACUUCCUUUUGCUUCCUUUCCAGGCUACACAUAUUAGGCUGGCAGGUUUGGAGGCGUUCAGUACCAAUUCCUCUGUGUUGUCCUCAUUGUGCAAGUGGGCAAUUGGAAAGAUUCUUCUGAUGGAAUUUGUAGGGACAUCUCCCCCGACUGAUUUACCAGAGGCAUUGCUGUAUGACACCUCGCAGGAAGAAGACAUCAACAUAAACUCUAUCUGCCUUAAGGAUCUGCAGGAUGAAACCAUGAAUAACCCCUUAACUGUGAAUUGCACCUAUCCAGAUGUAUGUGUCACAAAUGUAUCUGCAGAUGGGGAUGUCUUUUGCCAGUUGCCCUCCAGAGGAACUGAAAAGCUCAGCAAGUUGUUGGAAGACACAGAUGCCUUUUUUAUGUCCGAGAAGACAUCGGAGUACUUGCUUUCUAAACCUUUCAAUGGCAAGGCGUGUCUGAUCCGCUACCAAGAAAAGUGGUCCAGAGCAGAGAUCACCAACCUUCAUGGGAACAGGGUAGUGGAAGUUUCCUUGGUUGAUCUGGGUGUCCCAGCAACUGUCGAGAUCACUGAACUCCGAGAAAUCCCCCCUCUUUUCAUUCAGGACUUCACCGUCAUUCCACCAUUGGCGAUCAAAUGUCGUCUGGCUGACGUAACCAUUCCAGCGGGAGACUGGAGCCCAGAUGCUGUUUUAUGGUUGAAGAAUGCCAUCCUUGGUGUCACAGAUUGCAAAAUGAAGAUCUGUAAGUUAGAAGAGCACAAAGGGGAGAGAUUGGUCCAUAUAUACCUCUUUGUGGGUGCUGGCAGUGAAGAAGUGAACAAGAGCAUUAACCAUCAGUUGACUCGUGCACAGUUGUUGCAGAAACUCCCCUGCAAGAAAAAAAUCACAGACACUGAUCUCAGUGAUUCAUUGAAGAGGCUGACUGUGAGCAGUCUAACUCCCCCUUGUCCUGGGCCAUGUGAAUCAUCCUUCCUGGAGACAACAACAAGAACAAUACCCCCACCGCUACAGCUCCCCCUGCCUGGUCAGAACCUCGAUGUCUACGUGCCAGUGGCGUGUCACCCGAGUUAUUUUGUAAUACAGCCAUGGCAGGACCUACACAAAUUGGGGGUGCUGAUGGGAGAGAUGAUGCUUUACUAUAACCAGACUAUCAUAACCUCUACAGUCAUACAGAUCAAGAAGGGAGAGAUAUACGCAGGCAAAAUACAAAAGAAUUGGCAUCGCGUGGUGGUAAAGGGGAUCUUGUCCAAUGGGUUGAUUUCUGUCUACGAGUUGGACUACGGCAAACACGAACUCAUCCUCAGUUCCCUCCUCCAACCCUUGAUUGAAGAAUUCCGACAGCUGCCUUUCCAGGCCGUCACCGCUCGACUGGCAGGUGUGCCAAAGCGCCAGUGGUCAGAGGAGGCGUCCAUGGUCUUCAGAAAUCAUGUAGAGCAGCAAGCCCUUGUCGCCCAGAUCGAAAGUGUGCAGGACUCGUCAGAGGCAAAGGUUGAAUCUUGGGAGCGCACUUUAACUGUUUACUUAGUGGAUACGAAAAUGGACUCGAAGGAUAUUUGGAUCCACAGCCUAAUGGCUGACGUCUACUGUUAGCUGUCUCCUCGCUGGAGCACCAGGAAUGUUCUUGGCAUAAUCUUUCAUCAGUUUGGUUUUGUGUUGCAUGAUGCGUGCUGUGAUUUAUCGUGGAUUACAUUUUCCUGCGUGUGCAUGAGAACACCUUGUUUAUAUUUUCUAAGACUUGUGUUUCUGGAAAACAUGCUGCAAGUGCAUUUAAAAAAAAAAAAGGUGUAAUAGUAUUAUUAGAUGUCAUUGCAUCUUAUUGUCUUUGAUCAACAUUAAACAUUGUUCUAGCUCAGUGUGAGC